CACGCUUAAAAGAAUCGUGCGUCGCGCCCGUCUGAAGAUCACUCCCACCCACAACCCUUGUAAGCGGGAUCGUUUCCUACUCGGUAGUGGAGCCACGGAGGCUUAAACAAUUUUGAGGAGUCUGACGAUGGGAUCUGCGCAUUUCAGAAUCGCUUGCUGUUGUUUGUUUCGUGCUCCUGGCUAUCACACAACAGGGGCAACCCAUUUGUUUGCUCGAUGCCACUAACGCGGCAGCAUUUGUGACACCGCAGCAGAAAUCAUUUCUGGAUGGGUGCAAAGGCAGAGGGAGCCUUUAUCGACGAAGAAUUUGCCCCUAACGCCUCCCAUGCCGCGUGGCAUUGUUAACCAAAUCCCGUUCCUAGUUGGAGGUAAGAUUCUACUAAACCCUGGCUUUGGACAAGCUCCAGCGCCACAGCACACAUGGGAGGGUUUCAAUGGCCAGCAUCGCAUGGGCCUGGAUGGUAGGUUGGGUUACCUCAAUCAGGGUGCUGGCACAAGCUUGCUAGAGUCCAGCUGUUGCGCCAUGUCAGCGACAGCGUUGCAGGUGAAUCGCGAUGAGACAGAGAGUUCCUCAAGGAGCUGAAGCCCCAUAUUGAGGUAACCAGAGUGAGAUGUUCAGAUGUAGAUGGAGCCUAAACAAGGCAGUUUAAUGGGGCUUUUGUCAUAGCUUAUAUCUAGCUCGGGUUAUCAAUCGAUGAUGGAGGUCUCAACGUGCAUCGUCCUCUAAACUUACUCUACCUAACAACGGCACCGCCGCCUCGCCCCAAAACGAACCCACUCGCCCUGCGUUUUCUUCAUUAGAUUUCGCCAUCACUACCUGGGCCUCUUUAACUUUCUUCUCCUUUUAACAUCCCACGGCACAAUCAACUUGGACAAUUAAAAGGCAUUACCUUUGAAAAUACCAACGGAAACUCCCAGACGAUUUUUUUGCGCCCUCAGCUUUUGUGCAAUUUCUCCAGAGUCUUAUCAGUCGUCUCAUAUCCACGUGCGCGCGUGCCGAGAGAAGCAGCAUCAAGGAACUCCCCAAUUCGCGCCGACCCUAAAUUAUUCUCCCAAAACAACGACACCAACUGCAUUGCUGAUAUUUGAUGGCUUCUUGGAAAUCGUUCUCGGUUCCGUCGUUUCGGCUGACGCAGCUCGCUCAAGAUGCAUAUGAACUCCCCCUACAAACACUCGCCAACACCCAUGAAUCGCACCCUUCCAUCGGGCAUCUUUGCCUACUCGUGUUCGAGGCUGUCCUCGAAGUAGUAUGUGUCAGUCUACCUGGUUACAUCGUUGCGCGACUUGGACACUUUGAUGCCGAGAAGCAGAAAUUCUUGGCUAAUCUAAAUGUGAUGCUAUUCACACCAUGCUUGAUUUUCACCAAGCUCGCCUCCCAGCUUAACGCUGAGAAGCUAUCCGAUCUCGCUAUCAUACCGGUCAUCUUCGUCGUCCAAACGUUUGUAUCAUGGGCUGUAUCAUAUGGCGUCGCAAAGCUGUUCCGAUUUAACAGGCGGGCAUCCAACUUCGUUACAGCGAUGGGUGUUUUCGGAAACUCUAACUCGUUACCUAUCUCCCUUGUUUUGUCACUCUCUCAAACGCUGAAAGGCCUGCAUUGGGACAAAGUUCCUGGCGAUAACGAUGACGAAGUUGGCGCACGUGGUAUUCUCUACCUCCUUAUCUUCCAGCAGCUUGGUCAGCUCGUCCGGUGGAGUUGGGGUUACCAUGUCCUUCUUGCCCCUAAGGAUAAAUACCCCGAGUACCGCGAGGAGAUUGCCGAGGAAGGCCAACGUUAUCACGAUGACGAGAAUCAGGAUGACCACCAGAAUGCGCCUCUCAUUGAUGGCCUCGACGGAGAAACAGAGGACGAGGGAGACAGCCACAGCAUCGAUUCGCAAAACUAUGAUCCUGCUGGCCGUACUCCUGUGGCAAAUGCCUCCAGAGUUUCACUGGCAGUCUCUAGCGAUGACGAAUAUCUGCCCAAAAAGCCGCAUCUCAAGAAUAACGAACAACAACCGGAUGUUGUUGCGCCCCUUAAUGGAAACGAAGGUAGCAUGGAUUCCUUCCCCCGUGUCCCAGCAUUGGAGGAUCAUGAAGAGCCGACUGGCAUCGCGGACCGGACUAAAUCUGCCAUUAAAUCGCCCUUUAUCCGUCUUGGAAAGGCAACAUCCCAAACCCUCAGCGACUGGUACCAGAAGUCUCCAGCUCCUGUCAAAUCUUGCUUGAAAUUCACGAAGCGAGUGGCCGGGAAAUUCAACAACUUUAUCUGGGAAUUCAUGAACCCCCCUCUCUGGGCUAUGUUGAUUGCCAUCCUCGUUGCCUCUAUCCCGGCUCUUCAACGACUCUUCUUUGAGGAGGGCUCUUUCGUCCAGAAUAGUGUGACCAACGCCGUUCGCUCUAGCGGAGAUGUCGCUGUCCCACUGAUCCUUGUUGUUCUCGGCGCCAAUCUUGCUCGUAAUACCAUGGCUAAAGACGAGGCUCUAGACCCUGAGGAAGAGCGCAUUGGCAACAAACUACUUAUUGCCUCACUUCUUUGCCGUAUGGUUCUACCCACUGCCAUCAUGGCUCCCAUGCUUGCGCUUAUGGCCAAAUAUGUACCCGUUAGCAUUCUUGACGAUCCAAUUUUUGUUAUCGUUUGUUUUUUGCUUACCGGAGCUCCCAGUGCCCUCCAGCUUGCUCAAAUUUGUCAAAUCAACAGUGUAUUUGAGAAGACAAUGGGCAGAAUCUUGUUCCAGAGCUAUGUCAUCUGGAUUCUUCCCUCUACUCUUAUUUUGGUAAUGAUGGCCCUCGAGGUUGUUGAGUGGGCUCGAUGAUGUGCCUGUCGUCUACAUACACUAGGCUGAGAAGUGAAAUGACCAUGUCUUUCAUGCGUCAAAUGCUAUCUGAUGAGUUUGUUUGAUCUGUCUUUACAGUUGUUUGUCUGCAAAGGCGUUGGGUGGCUGGAAUUGAUUGGGAUUCAGGAAAAUUUAUACUGGCUUGGCCUUGCGGCAACCUGGAGGCUCACAAAACUUGACCUGGUGGAAGGGCGAUAUGAUGUGGUUUUUUUUGUUUGCCUGCUUUUACUUCGUUGCGUGAGAAAGGCACUGGUAUUGAGGAAUUGAUCUUCAUGGUACCCUACCUGGAAUGCCUGUGCCUUGCGAAUAAUAGAGUGGUCAAUGUUAUCACAUUGAAUUGCCGAAACCAAUAGUGUACCUUACUUCAUCUUUGAAAACUGAUUGCUAAAGUACAAUGAUGAGGCUCUGGCAAAGGAUGUGGGGUUUGCGACCUGAUCAUUCUUGCUGAGUUCCGUUGACUAGGUGACCUUCUGGCACGAUCGCCCAGUCUCUUACGGUGCCCUUCCAAUCGCUAAUGCGUACAUCCUUGAUAUCGACCGAAACAACUCUUACUUCCUCACCAGCUACAAAGCAGUUGCGGCCUCCAUCCUCGACAGGUCCAUUGUCCCGCUGGAAAGGCUGCGCCGCGGACUCAUCGAAAGUAUUGUUCUCCAGAUGCUGCUCGCGGUAAUAUUUUUCCUCAUCUGUUCCGCUAGGCACUAGACGAGCAGCACCUCCUAUGGUUGCACUGAUGCUAGAGAGUGCUGAAGUGUUGAGGUUCAAGAGGAGUGAGGCGAGACUCGAUCGGUGCUCUGGGCCAGGAGAACCACCAGAUGGUCGGCGGCCGUGAGUAGGUGGUCGAUGGGAGACCCCUGAAAGUAUUGUAAGUAUGUUUUAGGGUUCACUAAUCUCGAACAUGAAAUAUGCGACUUACAAUCGUGGACAAGAAGGGAUACAUUGGGGUUGGCGACCAGGUUUGUGGUCUUCCGUGAUGCCGGGUUCGUAGUCAUGAUGAUAACGGGAUAGUUAGAAUAAGGUGACGAGGGAAGAUAUGUGUAGUUCAUUAGAGAGACAUGGGGCACGUUAUCGGUGCAUGUUGCCAAGUG